GGGUUUAUUUUACAUUCUGAACACGUUGGAGGAGUCAGGAAGUUUAGUAACAAUACCUACAUUUUGGGAACUUUUGACAACUACGGGCGUUUAUUUUGGUCUUAAAAUAAAAAAUGGCGUCUCUAAAUGGGAAACCGGACGUAAUAUUUGAGGAAGAUGACCUGCCUUAUGAGGAGGAGAUCAUCAGGAAUCCGUACUCGGUCAAGUGCUGGAUGCGUUACAUCGAGUUCAAACAAAACGGCACAAUGUCCAUCCUCAACAUGAUAUAUGAACGAGCUCUGAAAGAGCUACCUGGCAGUUACAAGUUAUGGUACAACUACCUGAGAGAGAGACGGAAACAGGUCAAAGGGAAGUGCAUCAUGGAGCCAGCCUACGAGGAGAUCAACAACUGCCAUGAAAGAGCACUGGUUUUCAUGCACAAGAUGCCGAGGAUAUGGCUGGACUACUGCCAGUUCCUGGUGUCUCAGUGUAAGAUCACCAGGAGCAGACGCACAUUUGACCGAGCGCUCCGAGCCCUUCCCGUCACUCAGCACCCUCGCAUCUGGCCCCUGUACCUCCGCUUUGCCCGGAACCUGCCCCUGCCUGAGACCGCCAUCCGUGUCUACCGCAGGUACCUCAAGCUGUCCCCAGAGAAUGCGGAGGAGUACAUAGAUUACCUGCGUUCCUGCGGCAAGCUGGAUGAAGCAGCAGUACGUCUGGCAGCCGUUGUCAACGAUGAGAGCUUUGUGUCCAAGGAGGGAAAGUCUAACUACCAGCUAUGGCACGAGCUGUGUGACCUGAUCUCUCAGAACCCAGACAAGGUGAACUCUCUGAAUGUUGGGGCCAUCAUCCGUGGAGGCCUCACUCGCUUCACAGACCAGCUGGGCAAACUCUGGUGCUCCCUGGCUGACUACUACAUCCGCAGUGGACAUUUUGAAAAGGCUCGUGAUGUGUAUGAGGAGGCCAUCUUGACGGUGGUGACGGUGAGAGAUUUCACCCAGGUGUUCGACAGCUACGCCCAGUUUGAGGAGAGCAUGAUCGCUGCCAAGAUGGAGACUACCUCAGAGUUGGGGAAAGAUGAAGAAGAGGACAUAGACCUGGAGCUGCGUCUGGCCCGCUUUGAGCAGCUGAUCGCCCGCAGGCCCCUCCUGCUGAACAGUGUGCUGCUGAGACAGAAUCCCCACAACGUCCACGAGUGGCAUAAGAGGGUCAAACUGUACGAGGGGAAACCACGACAGAUCAUCAACACCUACACAGAGGCAGUUCAGACUGUGGACCCUAUGAAGGCUACAGGGAAACCCAGCUCUCUCUGGGUCUCCUUCGCCAAGUUCUACGAGGAGAACGAGCAGCUAGAUGACGCGCGGACCAUCUUUGAGAAAGCCACCAAGGUGAACUACAAGCAGGUUGACGACCUGGCUGGCGUGUGGUGUGAAUACGGAGAGAUGGAGCUACGCCAUGAGAACUACGAACAGGCGCUACGUAUACUGAGGAAAGCAACUGCCAUCCCGUCCAAGAAGGCAGAGUACUUUGACGUGUCAGAGCCCGUGCAGAACAGAGUGUACAAGUCUCUGAAGGUCUGGUCCAUGCUGGCUGACCUGGAGGAGAGUAUGGGAACCUUCCAGUCCACCAAGGCGGUGUACGACCGCAUCAUUGACCUGCGCAUAGCCACGCCCCAGAUAAUCAUCAACUACGCCAUGUUCCUGGAGGAGCACAACUACUUUGAGGAGAGCUUCAAGGCGUACGAGCGUGGCAUCGCCCUCUUCAGGUGGCCCAACGUCUAUGACAUCUGGAACACCUACCUCACCAAGUUCAUUGACCGCUACGGGGGCAAGAAGCUGGAGAGGGCCCGGGACCUGUUUGAGCAGGCGCUGGAUGGCUGUCCAGCCAAGUUCGCCAAGACCAUCUACCUGCUGUACGCCAAACUGGAGGAGGAGUUUGGGUUGGCGCGUCACGCCAUGGCGGUGUACGAGAGAGCUACGCAGGCGGUGGACAACACGGAGAGGCAUCACAUGUUCAACAUCUACAUCAAGAGGGCUGCAGAGAUCUACGGUGUCACCUACACCAGAGCGAUCUACCAGAAAGCCAUCGAGGUGCUUCCAGAUGAACACUCCAGGGACAUGUGCCUGCGCUUCGCUGACAUGGAGAGCAAACUGGGCGAGAUCGACCGGGGCAGAGCCAUAUACUCCUACUGCUCUCAGAUCUGUGACCCAAGGAUGACGGCCACGUUCUGGCAGACGUGGAAGGAGUUUGAGAUCCGCCACGGGAACGAAGACACUAUCCGGGAGAUGCUGAGGAUCAAGCGCAGCGUCCAGGCCACGUACAACACACAGGUCAACUUCAUGUCCUCACAGAUGAUGAAGGCCACCACCAACGCCACCAUCUCAGACCUUGCCCCGGGCCAGCUGGGGCUGGAUGAUAUGAAGCUGUUGGAGCAGCAGGCCCAACAGCUUGCCGCCGAGGCUGAACAGGACAAACCCAAACUCAAAGAGAAGAUCCUCUUCGUCAGGAGUGACACAUCUCGCAGUGAGCUGGCUGAACUGGCCAAACAAGCCAACCCCGAUGAGAUUGAUAUUGAUGAUGAGGAUGAGGAUGGUGAUGAUGAAGACCAGGACCCAGAGGAGGUGCAGCUGGAACAGAAAAGUGUCCCCACUGCUGUCUUUGGAGGGCUGAAAGAAGGAGAAGAUUGAAUACAGAAUGUUGGGAUGGUAUCUGUCCCACAGACAUGACAUCACAGAUGAGCUCCAUGGUCUACGAAUGGAGCCUUUUCAACACCCGUAAAAUGUAUGAUGAAAAUAGAUUGUAUGGAAUGUGAACUUUAUCGUUGAUCUUUUCUACAGUGGCAAGAAAAAGUAUGUGAACCCUUUGGAAAUACCUGGGUUUCUGCAUAAAUUGGUCAUAAAAUUUGAUCAUCUAGGUCACAACAACAUACAAACACAGUCUGCUUAAACUAAUAACACACAAACAAUUAUACGUUUACAUGUCUAUUGAACACACCAUAUAAACAUUCACAGUGCAGGUGGGAAAAGUAUGUGAACCCUUGGAUAUAAUAACUGGAUGACCCUCCUUUGGCAGCAAUAACCUCAACCAAACGUUUUCUG